AUGGCCCAGGCGGAGGAGAGGAUCGGCGUGCAGAUCAGGAUUUUCUCCUGGGCAUCCAUCCCCGUCGACGACAUGUACAACCAAAUCAUGGCGUGCUCGCGACAGGAGCACAUACUGCCGGAGGUCGUCAAUGGCGACGCCGCGGCGAGCGCUAGUAGCCAUGGCGGCUCCAAAUCCAAGGCCAUCUUGAUCGCGUCGCUGCAAGCAGACUACUACGACAGGAUCAAGUCGACGUACUACGAGCACGCGGCCAAGGGCGGGGGCAUGGUGGGGGUGUUCCAGCCGAGCCACGAGGAGCAGCAGAUAAUGGGGCAACGGUCGCACAACCAGAAGGCGCUCGCCGAGAUCUUCCUGCUCAGCUUCUCUAACGUGCUGCUCACCACAGGGAUAUCCACGUUCGGCUACAUGAGCAGCAGCCUCGCCGGACUGCGGCCGACGAUGCUAAUGAUCCCGAAAGACGGCAAAGUGCCUGAGCCGCCGUGCGUGCGCGCCGUGUCCAUGGAGCCGUGCUUCCACAUGACGCCCGAUGUUGAGUGCCAGGGGAAGGCAGUGAACAAGGAAGAGCUGUCUCACCACGUCAAGAAGUGUGAGGAUGUGGGCAAAGGAAUUAAACGGAAUAAAGGUAUCAAAUUAUUUGAUUAA